AUGGAUUUAAUGAAUUUAAAUAAUAAUAUUGUACAUUUUGAUCCAAAACGAUGUUGUAAUACUGUUUAUGUACAUGUUUAUGGACAUGAUGUUCUAUCGCGUGCAGAAUAUUUAAUACGAAAAUUAAAUAAAUUAAUUGGUCAUGAUCCAGUUAUAAGUAAAAUUGUUCAAGUUAUAUUAUUUCUAACUCCAUGUCUAGUAACAAAUUAUAAUCCGGAUUUUUAUUAUCAACCAUUUGAAAAAACAAUUCGUCAUAUAGUACAAGCACAAGAACAAUAUACUCAUAUAUUAUGUUCUUAUUUGACGUAUCGUUAUGGAGAAAUUGAAGGACAAAAAUUAUUAAUAUCUAUUAUAGGAGAAAUUCUUGAACAUCAAAAAUUUGGAGCUGAUGUAGAUAGAAUUUUACUUGAACGACAACCCUUUGCUAAUCUUGUUUAUACAAUGUUAAUGUCAUUUUCGCUCAAUUAA